GCAGAGAUGAAACAGAAGCGCAUUGGUCUGUCUGCGGAAAACAGCUGAGCGCAACAAACAUCCACUCACUGUUUGAACAUCCAACUUCCAGAAAACUGUCUGAUCCACAACACAUCAACACUCCUCCCCGCUGCACGCCCUCCCAUCUCAUCUCUAAAUACUUCUUUUUCUCCUUCUUCUUCUUUUUUUUUUUUUUUUUUUUAAAGAAAAUUGUUCUCAUUUACUCGCGCUGCUUCAGAUUACCGGCAGGAAAAGGACCCGGACAGAUAAACAGAAACAUCCCCCAAACCAGACGGAGUGAAAUGCAAGGCUGUCUGUUUCCUAGGCGGAGGGUGUCUAACGCAGAGCUGUAGUUUCUCUCCAAGAGGCGAGGAAUGCAAUUUGAGCAUCAAUGUUUCACUGGGGCAAGUGGAAGAAGAGGAUGGGAGCCAACAGUUCUUCAAAGAGACCAGUGUUCGACGAGAAGGAAGAUGUAAACUUCGACCAUUUUCAAAUUUUGCGGGCCAUUGGAAAAGGGAGCUUUGGAAAGGUAUGCAUUGUGCAAAAGAGGGAUACAGAGAAGAUGUACGCCAUGAAGUACAUGAACAAACAGCAGUGCAUAGAGAGAGAUGAGGUCCGAAACGUCUUUAGAGAGCUUGAGAUCCUACAGGAAAUUGAACAUGUAUUUUUAGUAAAUCUCUGGUACUCCUUCCAGGAUGAGGAAGACAUGUUCAUGGUGGUCGACCUCCUGCUUGGAGGGGACCUGCGUUACCACCUUCAGCAGAACGUCCAUUUCAGCGAGGACGCUGUCAAACUCUACCUCUGUGAGAUGACCCUGGCUCUGGACUACCUGCAGAGCCAGCACAUCAUCCACAGGGACGUGAAGCCGGACAAUAUCCUCUUAGAUGAACAAGGUCAUGCUCAUCUAACAGACUUCAACAUAGCGACCAUAAUAAAGGAUGGAGAGAGAGCCACAGCAUUGGCUGGAACCAAGCCCUACAUGGCUCCAGAGAUCUUCCAGUCGUUUAUAAGUGGAGGUACAGGCUAUGCUUUUGAAGUCGACUGGUGGUCUUUGGGGGUAACAGCCUUUGAAGUGCUGCGUGGAUGGAGGCCCUACGACAUCCACGCUAGUAAUUCUGUGGAGUCUCUUAUCCAGCUCUUCAGUACAGUGAGCGUCCAGUACAGCCCUGCCUGGCCUAAAGAUCUGGUGGCCCUUUUAAGGAAGCUGCUGACAGUCAACCCGGAGCAUCGGUUUUCCAGUCUGUCUGAUAUGCAGGCGUCUCCAUACCUCGCCUCCGUCAACUGGGAUGCCGUAUAUGAGAAGAAGAUGGAACCUGGAUUCGUUCCUAAUAAAGGUCGGCUCCACUGCGACCCCACCUUUGAGCUGGAGGAGAUGAUUCUGGAGUCACGUCCCCUCCACAAGAAGAAAAAAAGGCUGGCUAAGAACCGCUCUCGAGACAACAGCAAGGAUUCACAGUCUGAGAACGAUUACCUACAGGAGUGCCUUGAAGUGGUGCAGCAAGAGUUCAUGAUCUUCAACCGUGAAAGGUUGAAAAGGCGGCAGGAGGAGGGUCAGUCUGAGGCCGGGGGCGAUGAUGCCAAUGCAGACAGGGACGGAGAGGCAGAACCUGGGGCCCCCGAUGAUGAUGACGCCCAUGAACCUGACCCAGAACCAGAGCCCGAGCCCGAUCCAGAUCCAGAUCCCGAACCAGAGACGUCCUCCAAAUUAAGCAUGUGUGGCUCCGUGUGUUCAUCCCCCGGCAGCUGCUAGCCCGCACGGUGACGGAUCUCUCUGGCGGCUGCCAUCUUUGUGCCAUGCCGAUAGAUACCCCCUCACCUCCUUCCUCUAUAGCCAGGGGUUGAGGAAACGCACAUGGAAUGGGGGGUUGAAAUGACCCAAAAUGGCUCCCGCAGUUUGUUCUUUCUCUUAUAGUUUCUGUAGCAUCUUUCCGGUAAGGCAUGAAUGAAGCAGAUCCCCAGAGAGUCUCUGUGCUCAUAGAGUAAGCUCUAACUUUCUAUGCAAUGUAACAUUAUAGCAUGACAAAUAAGGUUUCCACUUACAGGGAGGUGUUGAUUGUAAGCAGAGAGCUCUGAAAGCAUGAUGGCAUACUCACCAGUAGUCGUCCACGGUUUAAGGUGGGUAGCUGGUUUGGUUGAGGCACCUCCUGUGUUUCUCAAAGUCUCUGUGCCAAAUCCGAGUGGGAAAAUUGACCGAUUUAGCACACAAAGCCACUUAGUUUAUGUUAUCGUCUGUGUUUCGCCUUACUCCCGCCCGACUCACGGCAUCUGUUGCAGCCAGAAACAAAGAACACCCUCUUUAAGUUUUAGGGUUUUGGUUAUAAAACAGCAAUCUGUUGAGUUCUAUGGACCUUCACAAUGGCUCUUAAUAGCUCUGGAUAAAAAUAAUAAGCAGCUAUCUUUUUUAAACAUAGGUUUAAUGUUGGUUUAACAGAUUUUUCUUUCAAUAAUGUCAUUGAAGUUUUACAACAGAAUGAGACUAAAUGUACCAUUAAAAGUUUCCAUCUUUUAUUUGCUUGUAUAAGGUUGAAAUAGGCGUGUUUUCUUUUACGUCCUGUUCCACAAAAAUCUAAAUAAAAUUAAUUAAAUAUAUUCCCCCCCCUUUUUUUUAGGUUCUGUCUAUAAUUAAAUAUAUAUAUUAGAUGUUAUUUGCUUCACAUAUAUUCAUCAAAUAUAUUUUUUGAAGCUCUGUAUGAGUUAUGUUUUGCUGAAGAGGUUAAAUUGUAAUGCCUGAUCCGAUCUUCCUUACAACGUAGAAGGUUUGUGAGGGUUUGUAAUUUAUGAUUAUUGGUUACUCAAUGACUCGUCCUAGAGCUGUGGUUGAAAAACAAACCCAAACCAUCACCCAUCCACCACCAUGCUUAAAGAAAGAGUUUUCUGUGCUGAUAAGCUGUUUGUAGUUUAGAAGAAAAGGCUCUCUUUUAUGGCAACACUGCAAAAAACCUUUUAUGUCUUAGCUUAAAUAUAACCGAUACAGGUUUUUUAAGGCCAAUGCCAGUGCCGAUUAUUUUUACAUCAGUCUAAUGGAUCCCCAAUACACGUAAAAGCCCAAAACGAAAACUGGGUGUCCUUUUUUUUUUUUUUUUUUUUUUUUUUUAUAGUGUGUAUUAAACGGCCUAAAUUGUGUUGAUUUCCUCCUGGAGCUCCUCCCUCCUGCAAAAAGCUUCUUGACUUACAGUUACACUUCUUACACCUGUUUAAAAUUGUGCCUCUCUAUAAUGAUCAGUAUCUGUAAACCGUGUUGCAUCCCCAGAUGCAUUUUUAGCUGAAGAUAAUGGUCUGAUUUUUCUCUCUCUAAGUGUGAAACAAGUCAUUAAUUUAAAGCCUUUUUAAGAUAUUAAGGUAACUUCAUUAAUGGAAAAUCAUUAUAUUGACUGGAAAAAGGCCAGAAUAAGCUCUAAGGAUAGAUAAGAGCAUUGUCAGCCUUUAAGAAUCUAUUUCAAAGCUGCUUUACUAGACAUCAUCCUGUUAAGUGCUCAGUUAGGACAAAUAUCAUCCCUCUGUAGGGCUUAGCUUGGGGCCUAAAGAUGUAGCUGUUGGUUCCACAGACUAGAUGAAUUUGUCUGUGAUUCUCACAGAGAUGCUUGCAAAUUCAAGGUGGUCCCGUUAGUCCCGGUCUAGACGCCUGGGAACAUGUAGCAAAGACUUUACCCCUUCCCUACUCCAGGCCUGACAGAAUAAAGAACAGUGUAAAUAGCAUGUGAUGUAGGUAUUAAACUCUCCACAGUUUUAUGUGGGACUGCUAACUCGACGUGUAAACUGAGGGAAGAGCUGUGUGAAGCCCUCAUCCCACCCCCCCAUGCUUCCCUCCGCUCUUCUCUCCAAGUGUGCAGGCACAACUUGUAGGCAAACUAUGCCAAAGCUUUUCUACCAUUUGCAUAACCAUUUCUAAGGAACUUAAAAUGUCUGAAUGUAUGUUGUAUUUUCUUUUUGUAGAACCUGAGGUUUGCUCUAUUUAACAGUGACAAUAUUAUUGUUUAUAGGACAGUUAUGUGGUUGUUUCCAGUGGAGUGAUGUUCUGGUGAAAACUACUUGCGACUUUUGGUGUCUUAAGAAUAGAAACGAAGACUGACACCAAUCUUAUGUCUGUGCGGAAAACUUGAAGACAAAGCAGAUUUAUAGAAAGUACCCUGUCUUUCUGCAUGUUUAGAUCUGCAGAGGUUCUUAUCAUCAGACAAUUGAGAGCGAAAACUGCCAGAUUAAAUCAGUCUAAGUCAUUGUUCCAUAUGCCUUUUAUUGGUAAUCAUGUUCCCUAGUGUUUGAAUGCAUUAAAAGGAGGGAGGUACAACUAAAACCGAAAGUAUUCAUAGAUGAAGCUUAUAUGUGAUAGAAAAUGAGACGAGCAAGAAAAAAAAUGUAACAGAAGUGUUUUUAUUAAAAUCAGAUAUUCUGUUACUGUCGUUUAUAUAUUUCACAUUUAACUUAUUUAUUAUUUAUCAAUUAUCAAUCAUAAAAACCUUCUUAUAAUUGCGGAACAUCAAAUUCAAGUCUUUGAGGUUGGAAGGUCUUCUUACCAUCACCCUAAUCUUUACCUCUAUCCACAGAUUCACUGUCAGAUUACUUUUAACCUAAAGUUAGGAAAAUGUAGUAUUCCUGUACCGGGAUAGCUCCUAAAGAAGUCCUAAAUUCUUGUCGAUACUGUAUAAGAAAUCCAUUGGCUCUGAUUGUUUUCUUACACACUCCAUGCAUUUUAAAAGAUAAUUUUUUUUUUUUUUUUUAACAGACCAAUAUAAUCUAGAUAUAACAGCAAAAGUAUACUUUUGUAUUUUAUAAUUUGAGAUACUGAGUAAUAUUUGAUUAAUAAAAAAAAAAGUUGGGCAAAAAUUCUUCAUCCUUAGACUUUUUUAAUAUAAAUUGAGCAUUUUCAAUGUAUUUUUGAAUUAUUUUACAAUUGAUCCUGUCACCAUUUAUUCACACCCUUUAGUAGAUGGAAAAACCUGCAAUGCUUUUAUGACAAUGAAACUUAACAGGAUUGUGAUUAUUUUUUAGCUGUAACCAGGCUGAUGCAGCACCUAGAGAACUCUUUGUUGAAAGAAAUGUAUGGAAAAUAUUGGCAUUUAUUUUAACUAUUAAUUCACAAAAAAAUAAACUAAUGGUUAUUAAACUUUCACCCAUGAUUAUAUCCACUUAGUUAUUUUUCUUUUGAAAAUCAUAUAGUCUUGAUAAUACAACAACCUCUAAAGUUGCCUAAUAAUGCCAUGACAAUCCAAAAAGGAAUUAGAAAGUAAACAAAAAUGUUAAAAGUAUUCAAAAUAAAUGGAGAAACAAUAAAAGGGAAACAUGGACAUCCUAAUUGGAUGGAUAGACAUAGAGAAACAAUUAGAGAUAAAUAUCCAUUUUGGUCUUUAUCUAAAAAAUAAUCAGUAAGAUGAUUCAUUACGUAUUGUUGGUAUAAUAUAGGGAUUCAUUUUGAUGUUUUUUAUCACCGCUCAUGAGAUGGUGCACUACCAAAACGGAUUAAUGCGUGAGGACAGUACAUAGAAAAAUUAGUCAGAUAUUAACACGUACCGGACAUGUAUUGAAUGAGCAGGUGUGAGAUUUGAAGGCUGCAUACCUGUCGUUCACAUUGGUUACUGUGUGCUGAAGUUAGAGGCACAGAAUAGCAGGCAGCAGCUCUUCCCAGCACUGCGUACUAUCCCUAAGUAUUUCACUAGUACGUAGUAUUUGACUGUUCAGGAUUACUUUCCUCCCUACUUCUUACUGAGACAAGCUAACCUCUCAUCAAGCUGCCUUAAAAAACAGACUCCCGGUGGAUUAAUGCACAGACUUGAGACUGGUGUGAAUCUUCGCAAACAUUUUCCAGAAUGAUGCAAAUAUCUUCCAUCAUUUCUCUUAUAUUUCUACACAACUAGUUUCAGGAGUUUGGCUAAAAGACAAAAAAUUACAUCUUUCAGGUCUGCCUGUGAUCAUCUGAAUCAUCAUCUUGAACAAUUUUUUAUUUGUCCACUGUAUUUUGUUUGGUUUAGGUUUUGCAUGAACUUUUACAACAUGAGCCUGAUUUAGCCAAAGCCUGGAGCUUGAGUCUGACUGGCUGAUUUUAUGCAUGCAGAAGCUUUCGGUGCACUCAUACCUCUCCGCUCACCUGAUUACUGACGGAGAUAACUGGCCUGCGUGGCAGUGAGGGCUGUGCAAAUGUGAGUUGUAUAAAAAUGAUAUAAUCCUGGUGUUAUUUGGACAGCAUGUUAUCCUUAGAUAAUAUGGAGUGCUCCUCGGCAUCCUCUGGGUGGCCUUUCUGCUUUCGCUCAGGGAUGCAGCCUCAGGGUCUUGCAGAUGAGCAAAGGGAGGUCCGCCGUUGUGUGUGUGUGUAUUUGUGUGAUAAUAUGUUUUAUGAGUUUUAUUUGUGCAGCAAAUUAUGAGUAUCUAGAAACAUCACUUGAUCCAUUUAAGGAAUUUGCUGCAGUUUUGUUUUGUUUUUUUACGGUGAUUCAUGAAACGCUAAGAUUUGUGCAGUAGAACUUUCUCAGACUCCAUCUGAGACGACAUAUGCCUGAAGUAUUGAUGUAAUCAUCUGUUAAUCAUUUGUAAAUGAAAAACAACUGACUCUGACAUUCGUUUAGAAAAUGCUUACGUAAUUUCAGUAUCUUUUCUUUCUUGGAUACCUUGAUCAUUUGUAACUGAAGGUUGCUUCCAAAUGUGUUACUUUGAAAGUUUAUGUUCUGGCUGCUCUUUGACCCCAGGCCAAAGGCAAUGUUGUCGUGUUUGAGAAGCAACAGCAUGUCUUUUACUCAACUGUCAUCUGUGUGAUGUUGUUUUGACAUCCCCGGUCUGUACUUUGUCUGUGGAUACAGUCUGAAACUCGCUGCCCCAUUAAGUAAUACAAAACCAAGAAGAGAGCGUGAUCCAUACCACUCGUCUCCUCCCGUAACAUUCUUGUAGGUUUCUACUGUCGAGUCGGUUGAAAAAAACGGAGAGGAAAUAAAAAAAGUCUUGUUCCUGUACCAACUAAAAACUGCUCUGUGUUAAAAACAUGAUGCUGCUUUGAUUGCUUUGAUAAAGAAAUAAAUCUUCUUCCAAUGA